CUCGGAGCUUGUCGCAAAAUCGUCAUCAGCUAAUCUUCGCUAGCUGCUCGCUAAGAGCACGUGUGCGCUUAAGUCAUCUUCUCCUCUCUUCUGGCCUGACAGACACACAAACACACACACACACACACACGUCUCCUGAUUAGGAGGUAGACGUGAUCUCCAAGUCGCUCUGUACUGACCCUACAGAGCACAGCACAGCUUGUCUCGCCCACAUCCAUCCAUCCUCUCGCCCGUUCUCACUCAGUCAGUCACUCAUGUGUGUAUGUGUGGCACUCGGCCCUCUCUCCUGGUCCGCUGCUUGACCGCCAGCCGCUGCCGCUCAUCUGCGGUGCGAUCCCAACUGCGCCGCACCGACCUAUCACUCACGCAAUAAAUACCCAACACCAAAGGUCAAAACAGACAGCGCCUUCUGGUGCGUCCGUCCGUCCGUCGCGCGCACUCACCGUGGAUUGACCCAUCCCGGUGAUGUGGAUGAGCUCUCGUCCGCCUCGGCCGCUGGUGCAGUGUCUGGUGGUGCAUGCCGUCUGGCUGCUGCAUCGGUGAGCCGCUGCAGGCCUUGGCACAACAAGUAGUCCGCUGCUGCAUCCUACAGACACAGAUUGAUUAACAGAUAAGCCCCACAAGUGAAUGAGUGAGUGCAAUCUGACGCAUCCAUCGUUGAUCCUCCCUCGCUCACCCACCCCACCUGGUGCCUGCCCAUCCGAUAGAAAGCGAUGGCCCGCAGUGUCAGCAGCGGGGCCCUGCUGACAGAGUCAGGAGAAUCCUCAUCAUCGUCUGGGAGGCGCCCAGCGGCCCUCACGUCGAGCAUGAGGGCUCUCGUGCUGUCAGACAACGCCUGCGGCCACUGCUCGAGCAGCGCAUGCACCCUUGCUCGAAGGCCAAGGGCCGUCGCCAGCAGAGACGCAUCACGCAGACGGACGGCGCUGACCACACAAGAUGAAAGCCGCUGAUCGACACGCACACAGGCAGACAGGACAGGCGGCAGACAGACAUACACACAGUUUUCCACCAUUGAUUGACGUACGUGUGUGGUCGAUGAGCGAGUGAGUCACCUGGAUGAGGUCGGCACCUAUCAUCUCGAGAGGCACACCACCCCCCUGCAGGUCUUUCCUGCUCCAGCCGGGCACCGUGAGCACCGCAGCAGGUGACUGCUGGUGCUUCUCCUCGAGCAGGAUCCACUCGCUGGUGCGGGGAUGGAUCUUGUCGGUUGGGUGCAGCAACACCUCCAGAGCUGAUGACGACAGGCGAGGGGCCGACCUGCACAGAUAUAUCAGAUGACACAAGCAAUGCCUUCAAUGCAACGCAUACCGUUAGUGCUGUGUUAGUGCCUGAGUGCGUGUGUGGGUCGGUUUGUUCCGUCACUCACCUUCUGAAAUCCUUUGCUCCAGCAACCUCGACCAUGGGCGAGCCCGAGCGAUCUGCACGCUCUGUCGCCUCGACAUAGUCCCUCCGGUUGCGGGAUGGGCCGUCUGAUGGCGAUAAAUGGGGGGUCGACUCUUCUGGCAGGUCUCUUGGGGUGGUCAUUGGUUGCUGUGACGCGAUGAGGCUCUCGAGAGCCGCGCGCAUCUCUUCCGCCUCCUGACAUCAGACAGACAGACAGAAGCAAAAUGACUGACAUGCACCAAGCACUUUGCAGAUUAGAUUGCACCUGCGGAGCCUGUAUCGGGUGGGUGUGCUCCAAGGCGCGGCACGCUGCGGCGAUGCCGCAGAUGGCCACCUCCAGCAGGAAACGUCGCUCGCCAUCACGUUGCUGCUGUCUAGCCAUAUUUUCUCCGUCCAUCGCGAGAGUCUGCAGGAUGGCACUCGAGUCCUCAACAGCCCCCCACAUGUCACCUGAAACACAGCAGCGCCGAAGCACACCAUACGCCGUGCUGCCUAUUCGCCCCCUCCGCCCCCGCCCCCCUCUCUGUCACGCACCUGUUUUGUAUCUGCAUGUCAUGCGCAUGGCCAGGGCCUCGUGACGGAGCCGCCCCGCAGCACUCAAUGACGGCAAUGCAAUCAGGCGGUCCAGGAGGACAAUCGCCUGCUGAUGUUGACUCAGACGGCUGUGGGCUGUCGCUGCACAGAAGAGAACAUCGGGGCUGUCGUGCUGGAGGUCGAGAGCACGACGAGCAUGCUCAAGGGCCUCCUGUGAGGACAGACAGAGGGAGGGAGGGAGGGAAAGAGGGAAGGAAAUCGCUGUUUGCCCUGCACUACGAGUGAGGCCUACGUGCAGAGUGCUGUUGCCAUCAGUGUCGCCAUCACCAGGACCAGCACUCCUUCCUCGUGUUUGUGAAGGUUUCCUGCCUCUCCUCGCCUCGAACUCCUCGCAGAGAGCGAGGCUGCACAGCCUGUAGACCGCCGAAGCGAGAGACCAAUUGAUGCUUCCUUCCUGCCUGUCUGCCUGUCUGCCUCUCGGCGCAUGCAGCGUACCUUUGAUAGGCUCGUGUCUUCUGGGUUGCAUCACAUGUGUCGAGCGCCUUCUUGAAGGCAUCCUGUCCCAGAGAGAGGCACACACAACUACAAUGAAUGAUCAUUGGCCGGCGAUGAUGGCGGUGGCCGACUCACCCGCGCUCCACGGUAGUCAUCAGCGGCCAAGAGGCAGUCUCCCUGACCCACAAAGUCAUCGCAGCUAUCAAACACUGCCCACAGACAGACAGACAGACAGACAAGAGCUGACAGUGCCUCAGACAAGAGUGGAUCUCCGCUUUUCUCACCGGCGAAGGCUCCAUUCAGGUCCCCUUUCCGCAUCAUGGCCACCGCAGCCCCCCUUCCCCCCUGGGCAUCAUCGUUGCUCGCUGCACUGCUGCUGGUGCUGGUGCGAUGAAUGGCUCGAGGUCUGAAUGGCGGAGGCAGGGGGCGCGGGAGUGGCACGAGAGCUGGCAGGAGCCGCCGCAUUUUGCCAGAAACAAGCAGAGAUCCGUCAGGAAG